CCUAAUAUUUUGACGUCGGCUGGUCCUGGCAGGAGGGUGUGUUUACAUCGCGUCAGUUUGUCGAGAGGAUAAUUUCUGAUACAUCUGCAUCAUGUUCCAUGGGAUACCAGUUUCAGGGGGUGUAGGGGGAGCUCUGGCCAAUAAACCUGAGUUGUAUGAGGAGGUGAAGUUGUACAAAAAUGCAAGAGAACGAGAAAAGUAUGAUAACAUGGCAGAGUUGUUUGCUGUAGUAAAGACCCUUCAGGCCCUGGAAAAGGCUUACAUUAAAGACUGUGUCACACCUAAUGAAUACACUGCUUCUUGUUCCAGACUUUUGGUUCAGUAUAAAGCUGCUUUCAAACAGGUGCAGGCCUCUGAUGUUGGCUCCAUCGAUGACUUCUGCAGGAAGUACAGACUUGACUGUCCACUCGCCAUGGAAAGGAUCAAAGAGGAUCGGCCAAUCACCAUCAAGGAUGACAAGGGCAAUCUGAACCGCUGCAUUGCAGAUAUUGUUUCUCUCUUCAUCACUGUGAUGGACAAACUGAGACUGGAAAUCAGGGCCAUGGAUGAGAUCCAGCCAGACCUGAGGGAGCUUAUGGAGACCAUGAACAGAAUGAGCAACAUGCCUCCAGAUUCAGAGGCUAAGGACAAAGUCAGCCUCUGGUUGACCACCCUCAGCAGCAUGUCUGCCUCAGAUGAACUGGAUGAUAAUCAGGUGCGCCAGAUGCUGUUUGACCUGGAGUCAGCCUACAAUGCCUUCAACCGCUUCCUGCACUCCUCUUAAAACAUCUCUCUGUCUCUGCGUCUGAAAGUCUGACUGUAAUACCCACUAAGUUUAAAACAAACACUCUACUCUCCAUAUGAUUUGUGGAAGGGAGAGUAAUUAUUUCAGGGGACAGACUUUCUCUCUACUGCUUCUCAAAUUUUUUCUAUCAACAUUUGUUCCCUUUGUCCUUAUUUAUGUUAUAUAACCCUCAUAAACUCCACCACCUCUAGAGUGUACUCCAUUAUCAUUCUGCUUGCAGCCUGGCUCUGUCAGUGCUUUGAGAAUCUCCAUCAGCCUGUUUUCAAGACCAGAUUAAACCACUGGCAGUUUAUAUGUGACUUUCACAAAACAGUUUACUCCCGGGUUUGUACUGUAAUUUCAAAAGAGGUGUCAUUUUACACUUGGGUUUUUUCAGAGCACCAAUACAGAGGCAAGAAUCAGUUAUAUAUGACAAAUUCUGCACAGAAAAAGGUUGCAACAGCCAAAAAUAUUUGUAUUAUCGGAAAUAAUAUCUAUUAUUUUUUGGUACCCAAAAUGUAUCCACUAUUUGACACCUGGGGACAUUUUUGUUCUGUGUAUGAUAAUUGUUUUCUAUGACACAAGUUUCUACUAUGGAACAGUAUAUCUGAAAUUUAACUGACAAAAAGGAGCUGAAUUAUUUUUUGGGGACUCUUAAGAUUAUUAGACUACAUUUCACAUUAAUCAGUAUAUUGAAUAAAUAGGUGGAAGGAAA